CAGAGAGGCCGCGCGCAUAGGCUGUAACAAUAACACACUGCAGCCCUUCGACGCGUUCGCAGCGGAAAGCGCGAGCUAUCCAUACGCCAAAGCGAUGCCCGCGAAGAAAGCCGCCGCCGGCACGCCUGCGGCGAGGUCGCCGCCCCCAAAGUCGGCGCGCCAGGAGGUGCGGCAACUGCGCGGCGAGCUCGAGGAUCUCUUGCAGGACAUCGACGCCGACGACGCGGCGCCGGCGCCCGGGCCGGGCGUCGUCGACGCAGCCAUUUUUGAUUCCGGCGACCACGAUCGAGAAAGUUUAGCAAGGGAAGCGCUGCGACGAGCAUUAGCCCAGGAGCAGGACGCGCACCGGCGGACCGCUGCUGGUGUUGACAGUGUGAGGCUGGAGGCGGAGGAAGCGAGGGCGCACUUCCAGGUCGCGCUCGCGACGGAACGAGCAGAAACGGUCAGACUGAGGAGUUUAGUGAGGAAGCUCUCGGUCGCCUCGUCGGGCCAAGCUCUGGUAGAUGACUACGAACGCCAAUUGGAGAAGCUCAAGAAGCGCAACGCGCGGCUGCAACGUAGGAAUGUGCAAUUGGAACUGGCGCGACGCUCGUCUACAACAGCAAAACCGACGCCACUGCUGCGCGUCGCGAAGCGCCAGGCCAAAGAACUGAAAAGGCUGGAGACGGAGAACGACUUGCUGAAGAAGAAGAACCGGAAGCUGCCUCUUGCUUUACGGAUAGCCAAGUCGCAGACGUCCGUCGCGACGCGGAGAACGAACGAGGUCCAAUCUCACCAAAAAUUGUUAGCUGAUGAAAGAUUAAGGGCCGCGGCGUUGCAGGGUCGCAACGAGCUCUUGGAGGCGGAACUGAGGCUGUGCCAGAGCGACAUCCGAGAUUUGUCUUCGGAUCGGGCCGCGCUUGUAGCUAAAUUAGGCCAGCUGCGCGACUUCGUGAACGCUCUACCGGCGGCGCGGUUUUCUGAUUAUCAGCAGGACGAGCCGAAGCGGGGCGGCGUGCCGCCGCCUCCUAGACGGCGGAACUUCGCGGCGCCCGGGCCGCCGCGGCCGCCGGUCGGGCCGCCGCCUUGCGACGAGGCGCGUUAG